GGAAGUGAGUAGGCGCAUGCACACACACACAUAUAUAUAUUUAGACAGACCCUGCGAGCUCGUCACACAGGUAUUUGGCCUCCUUGUCGUCAGGGGGCCUGCGAGCGAGCGAUUUUGUUACCGCGCGGUGCGAAGGUCCUUUCUCUGUCGCUCCACUGCACCACUUUACUCCCAACGUUCGCCAGCUGUCGGCAGAUCCACAGGACUAUCUCUCGCGGUUGUUGUGACUUCCACGAACUUCAACGAACAAAAAGGAAUUCAUUUAUCCCAAGGUUCAACAAUCCGAAGGACAAGAAAUUUAUUGAAUUUUUUUUUCUUUCUAACAAAAGAGUUUGAGGUUCGAAUCCAGCUGUGUCCAAGACCAAGUUGCCGCUGCUUUACUCCACGCUGGUUCCAGAUGGUCCAGCGAGGGUGAGUGGUGAAGAAACAUGUCGAGAAAAGAUAUCUGAGAGAGAGUUUAUCCUUAUUCGGCGAAAAGUUUGGCCGGGAUCGUAAAGGCGGCAAAGCUGACUACGGCAGUUUCUCGCCGCUGGCAAAUUUCAACGUUUCGCUGACGGGCUUUUAUUUAUUGCACACUUGCGUGACUGCAGGAGGGAAGGAAGGACCCAGACCGUGAGACCUGGUGCUGAGAGACAGUUUCUUGACUGUAACCGAGUCUUCUGGCAUUACCAUCCCCCAACCUUUCUACCUCCUUCCCCAACAUCCAGUUCUCACUCAUUCUCUCUCUCCAAGCGUUCUCAUUGCUGCAGUUGCUGACGCACCCUUCUGUCGGACUGCUGCUCGAAGGGGGGAGAGGAAACCCCUUGUCGUGGAGGGACUGCACGCGUGAAUCAUUCACGGACGGCUAGCCCCCCGCUUUUUUCAACUCGGUCAAGGUCGUGCUGAGUGAAGAAGUUUGUUUGGACAAAAGCUUCCCAUGCUUCACUGCGCGCGAUGAUGUGAGCAGAAACUAGUUUCCGGAGCUGAAGAUAUUUCGUGUUUGUGUCUAAAUCAUCGGUCGUUAUUCACCAGAGGGGUAUUCUCACCGACUGGAGGAUCGAACAAUCAACGGUUAACGUAAGUGUGCCGGAAAUAACCGUUAGGGUUUGAAACAGUCUCAUUCACAUCUUCUUUUUCAUCAUUGAUCAGCGAAGUGGAAAAGUCUCUGGUCUGACAAACGACUGCUAACGAGGGCUCAGAGAAAAAAAAACAACAAACCAACCCCAUUGCAUUUUCUGCCGACAUCAGCAGUCUAGUUCAUCGAUUGAGAGAAAGCGGGAGGAUACUUUUCCUUCGAGGUGUCUGAGUCAUCAGCUUUUUCAUCGAUCGUCUUUUCUGACAAGCGCCUAGAGGCCUAGUGAGCUACAGUUCGACAUGGCGACCAGGAGUUCGAUACUGUUCGCAGCUUUUCUCCUGUCGAUUGCGCAGAUCUGUCGGUCACAAGAUGUCCUAUGGGAGUACUGCGGCAAUGAGCCUGCUGACGUGGCCUUCUUGCUCGACUCCUCCAACAGCAUCUGGGGACCGGACUUCCGGCGACAGAUUCGCUUCGUCAAGGACGUGGUGUCCAUGUUCCAGAUCGGCUCCAACGCCACGCGCGUGGGUCUGGUGACGUACAACGACCACGUGGAGCUGCAGUUUCACCUGUCCAGGUACAUGGACAAGGACCGCCUGCUGUGGGCCAUCGACAACGUGCGGGAGGGUCACGGCUACUCCACGGCCACGGACCUGGCCUUGCAGUACAUGCGAACCUUUCUGUUCACUCAGAAGGGAGGAGGCCGGGAGGGCGUUGCGAAGGUGGGCAUCGUCAUCACCGACGGCAAGUCCCGCAACAUGUUGCGGACGUUGAUCGAGGCUUCACGUGCCAAGAAGGAGAACAUCCACCUCUUUGCCAUCGGUGUCGGGCAGGCCGUCAAUGAUCGCGAGUUGCGCCGCAUGGCUUCCUCCCCCUCCUCUGACUACUUCUUCCAGGUGACCGGCUACUCCGCCCUCGACUCACUCAAGAAGAUCCUGGCCAUCAAGACUUGUCAAGUUACUCGACCGCCGUCAUCGCCUCCAACUACACCAAAAAGCACCACUACAGCCACUACGACAACUCCAACAACCACAACUACAACCACUACAGAGCCUACGACAACAACGUCGACACCUACCACCACAACCACCACCACAACAGAACCACCGACCACGACCACGACAACGUCCACCACCACGACAACAGUGACGACAACUUCAACAAUACCCACCACCACAACAACAACAUGGCUAGAUAUGGUCGCAAAAGAAUGCAAAGGGAAGAUGCUGGACUUGGUCUUCGCCCUGGACGUGUCGGACGCCGUAUCGUACGCUGACUUCUGGCAGAUGAUCCGCUUCAUCCGGGACUUCACCCUCGCCCUCGACAUCGGCAGGAACGCCACUCGUCUCGGCGUUGUCCUCUACAGCAAUCAUGUGUACAAUGGGUUCGACCUGGACGAGUACGACAACCUGAAUGGUCUGGUCAGUCACCUGUACAAGCUGGAGAAGUCCACAGGUGAGGCCAGGCCUGACGAGAUGAUCCGCUACGUCAGGACCAAAGCCUUUCGUCGCUCAGUCGCCCGGAAAGGUGCUGCGCAGGUUGUCAUCGUCCUGACCACCAGCGCCUCCAGGCACAUCUCUCGAGUCAAGAAGCAGGCCAAGCGAGCCCAGGAGUCCGGCCUCAACUUCAUCGUCGUCGGCGUCGGCGACAACAUUAAGGACGAGGAGAUGAAGGUCAUCACUGGUCUGGACCCCGUAGUGGGAGCUCAGGCAAAGACAUCAAAGGUCCAUAUCAUACCACCAAAAUCUGACAACGAAGCGACUGACAUGAUAAGAGAACUGGAAGAAGACGACUAUGACGAUGUCAACACCACGGUCCAGACCCUGCCGAACCCCGAGAGUACCCCCCGCCUGGAGACUGGGGGCCAGCAAUCCAGAAACUCCAUCUAUCGCCUCAAGGAGUUCAGUGAGCUCGAGGACAUCCUGAUGGACGCCAUGCUGCAGUCCUGUUCCGCCAAGUCAACAGACAAGCCAGUUGCUGAUCAACCUUGCGGCACCCGCCAGCCAGCCGACAUGAUGUUCGUGGUGGACAGCGCCAACGCCGGCAAGAAGAACACCAAGAAGGUCAUGGACUUCAUGAAGUCCCUCGCCGGCGACAUGGCCAUCGACCGUGACAACAUCCAGAUGGGGCUGCUGGCCCCCGACCCCUGCGCGCCGCAGGAGCAAAGCUUCCAGCUGAACCAGAACGAGGACAAAGAGCACGUGAUGAACUCCCUCAGCACCGAGACCACCGAUUUCUCAGACCUGGUGCGGGACAUGCGCAAGAACGGCUUCCGGGAAACAGCGGGUGGGCGCAAGGAUGCCAAGCGGGUGGCGGUGCUGAUCGUGGACGGAACCAUGGACAACCCGCUGCGAGCCUUGACGGAAGCACGACAGGCUCGCGAGAAGCGCGGCAUCGAGAUCUACGUCAUUUCCGUUGGAACGGAGAUCCCACAACCGGAAAUGAUGAUGAUGUGCGACUACCCUACCCAGAAGCACUUCUACCACCUGGAGUCGUACGACGAGCUCCCCAAGAUGGAGGACACGAUACGGGACAUUCUAUGUGAUGAGUUAUAACCCCUCGCUGCCACAAUAAAAGGACGAUGCAGAAUGAUGUUUGCAGAGCGACGAUGUUGGCGAGGAUGUCUUCAGUACAGGCUUCAGCAGCGCUUACCGCCUUCCCUUGUCCUUCAUUCUUCGAGUCAUGAAGUCGGUUUUCAGACUGCGAGACACUUAGGGAUAAAAAAAAAAACAAUCAUCACGUGAUCUCUGGGGGAGCAGCGAUACAAUGUCAUAUCACGUGACAGACUAGUGACGUCAUGUAUGUAUUCUACUGGUGCCGGCGGUGACGAUGACGUCACCAGUGCCUUAUAUGAACGUCACAUCCCGCAGAACAGACAAUUAUUGCUUCUACGGAUUAGACAGACAGAUACUACAGCUAGCAGACAUUCUUCUACAAAACAUAGAAGGCUUUUCUGUUUUGUUUUGUUUUGUUUUGUUUUGUUUUUUUUUUUUUUUUUUUUUUUUAAUUUUCCAAUGAACUCUUGAAUGCAAAGAAUGAAUUCAGAAAUCGGUUAUGCCAAAAACGAUACACAAACACCUGAUGUUAUCUCAUUUUACCCUGAGAUAAUAUUUUUCUGUCUUUAUUUCUUUGUCUAUCUAUCUCUCUGAAGCAGACUCACACUUUCUAGCCAAAGGAACUCUAUCGCCUGUUGACUUAUGCAAAAGGCAAAAUAAUUUUUAUUCCGGAAAGAAAAUGUUAUUUAAGUCAACUCAUUUAUAUGUUCCAAUGUUUGUGUCUGUAAAUUAUUCGAUCAUGUUUAAGAAAAAUGUGUUGUCGCUGUCGAGACAGCAACCCUGUGCCUUACUUUUAUCAUCUUCCUUUUCCACACAUGGAGUAAUCUGAACGAGAAACUCUAAAAAAAAAAAUACAAAAAGACAAUCUCUUUCGAAUAACCGACAGAAAAAUAUCUAACUAAAAGAUUAACAAAACGCACAACACUGAUAAGUGAUCCUGGCUGUCGAAGGAUGUCUUCCUGCUUUCGUUCAAAUUAAAAUAAACUCUUGGUGCAUGCUUAUUGUGACGUACCGUUGCUAUGACGUCGCGCGCUUUAUGUGACGUCACACAGGUGACAGUUCAAACGGCUGUCGCCACAUAAUUCUCUUUGUUGUGCAACUGAAAAUGAGCAAAGUCCAUCGCAGUUCUGGAUCCUAGAUACGUCGAAGGAGGAACAGCUGUACGUGGAUCUUUGUUCUGUUAACGCUCUCUCGAUGCAGCUGUUGGUAUUGUAUAGACGGUUAGUGUAGUGACUGAUGUGAAACCAGUAACAGUACUCCAGGGUUGGGGUUGCUGCUGCAAAACCCGGUGGUAGGAGCCGUGAAGAUGUUCCUUUCAGGCUCAGAUCCUUCUUUCUAUCCCGGAACUGGCAGCGAGUGUUUGGCUGACCUGUCUGGACGUUGCUCGAGGGCAAGACUCUGGCAGGCCACCAAGGGUCAAGGGUUAAUUAAUCACAGUGACCUGGUAGGAGUGUCGUGACCGAGUCUGCACUGGUCGAAAGGCGUGGUUCGUGGCUGUGAUAGAGGUUACUGCGUGACACCGUGAAGUGUUUUCAAGUUCUGAUUUUUUUUUUUUACAACUCGAGGGUGAUGGAGGUGUGUUGCUGCGUGCUAUAGAAACCAAUAACGAAGGACAUUUUGUUGAGUAGUUGUCAAGGUGCGUGGAAACACGAUGACAUUUGAAAGGCUCUGCAGCUUACAGUAUGUUGGCGGUCAGUUCACACACCAGGAUGUUUGCCGAGCAAUUUGGCUUCCAAUAUUUGUGAAGGUGUCUGUAGACAUUUCUCACUGAAGACUUAUUUCGUCAGCGUAAACUCUGCUUGUGGUGACUAGUGGCUGGGCUUUCCUCGUGCAUGUUGAUACAAUAACCCUUGUCCUUUUGAUCUAGACACUUACCUACCGUGCUUUUGCUUUUUUUUCUUCUUUUUGUUCAUAUAUGGAAAUUAUUUCCAGAGCUUGUUGAAACUAGUAUUAUAUAUAACUUUGACAGAUGGGCAAUCUAAAAGUAAGUUUCACCUGCAGGUAAUCGUGAAAAGCCUCGAUUUGAUCAAGAGGAACUAAGAACGACUGCUUAUUAUCCAACCAGUUAAAAAAUGAAACAAGAAUUUGUGGAAAAGACAAUAAUUUCAAUGGAUUCAAAUGAAAUUAUUAUGCAGUCAGGAGUUGCCAACUGACAGGAGCGAAAUUGUUUUCAGUAACUGCUUUCGAAAAACAAAACGCGAAAAAUUGUUUAUACAUCUUAAAAAAAAAUUCAUACACGUACUUGUGAAUAUAAAAUCCAAUAUAAAAUGUAGAAAUACGGAUAUAUUUCGAACAUGACCAAAUAAACUUACCAAAAUAGUUACAAAUCGCGUAUCAUAAGAAAACUAGCUUAUCAGGAGCAAGGUGAACGACGACGACAAAUGAGAUGUUUUAUCAGUUGAUAAUACCCUAGAACAGCAAGGGCUUUGGUUUCGUGUAAAGCUACAGCUUUGAUAGUAUUCAGCAUCUGUAUGUUUAUCUGGUUAAACAGUUUUAUUCAAGUUAACAGUCGUUGGCUACAACUGUAAGUUUAAACCGUAUCGUCGCACGCGCGCCAUUCUUGUAGGCUUGUAGCUCCUUCUAGAGUCGUCCCCCUGUUCAGCCUGCAUCCAUGUUUGUGCAAGUGUAGGUAGGUGUGUAUGUGUGCUUCACUUUGUGUGCUUGCAAGGUGAGUUGACAGUGGUUUAGAGACAGUCGUGAGGGAGUGCAAUACAGCCAACACUCUGUCCGUAGUAAGAAAGUUUAUUCGCUUCUCUCUUCCUCCUCCUGACAUUCCUGCAUCAGACGCACAUACACGCAGGCAGGCUCCCUGCACAGUCAUCUGUCCAUAUCCAUCUUCCUCACAAUCUUUUUUUUUUUUUUUGUCUACAUCGAAUUCAAACGUAGCAUUAUACAUACCCACAUAUACACUACACGUGCAUUGAGACAACACUGCGCAUGCUUUCUAAAAAUUCUGAAAAAAUCAUCUAAUGACCAUGAGUUAAACGUUUAAAAAUUUUUUGUUGAUUUAAAACUCAGCCAUUGUGACCUGUUCUUUAAUUAAAUGUUUAUAAAAAGAAAACAAAAAACUAAAAAAAAAAAAAAUUCAUGAUGGGGUGUUCGCAAAAUAAUUUGGAAAUUUGACUUUAGCUGGAAAUUUUCGCACUAAGAGAGUGUGCCUGCUUUAGCUUUAGCUGGGAAUUUCUUUCAAGUUUAGCUGUAUGUUUACAAAUAAUAUCGACAGUUUAAAAUAGCUUAGUUUGAUUUUCGAUUCGAAAGACAGCUACGAAGCGUUUAUAAUGGGUCUGCACUGUGAAAACUGUAAAUGUUGAACAUGUCAAAAUAAUGCAAUGGUCUGUGAAUGUUUUCUGCAGCAGCGGAAGACGCCAUUAAUUUUUUUUUUCACUCCUGUAAUGUGACUGUCUGGAAUAAUCAACUUAACGACUCUCUCUUUCUCUCUCUCAUGUAAGGACUGUGAGUUAACGAAGAGAAGUCUCUGUUUUGAAAGUUUAACUCUUUAGAGUUUACAAUUUCUUGCUGACUUACCAAGAGAAAUAGUUUUUUUUUCGACUGUAGGUCGUCACGUGAUCUGUAAAGAAUUGUUUCUAGUCGGUCUAUGACCGAUUUGCAGAAACGAGUUUGUAACCGGGGCUUUGCUUCUUAACAUUUGGUUGUCGGGUAUAAUACCACACCCGAAGUUACAUCAUUUUAAACUUAAUGAUUGUGGGUCUCCUUCUAUUUCUCUGCAAGAAAACAAUGCCGGGGGUGGACUAUCUUUUGAUGGCUUGUGUAUUAACAAUGAUUCUACAUGUAUUCAUGCAUGAAACUGCACUCGUGUAUGUGUGUUUGUGAGUGUGCCUGCAUAACGAUGCUUUUGUGUAAAUGUCAACGAAUCAACGAACGUCCAUCUUGGAAGGUUUAGGUAAAGCGAGUUCGUAUUGUUGACCCUGAAGAAUGGAAUCAGAAAUGAUGAGAUUCCAAUAACAAAAGCUGCUCCUGACGAUUCUCUGCUUCCAACUCUUCACUUCCAUUCUUUUUUCCAGAAUCUUCACUGCUGUACAGACCUGCUUGUCUUUGAUCAGGUCCUCGCCUUCCCUCUUCUAUGCCAAUACCUCACUGAAAGCGAUUUAUAAAAAUAUUUUUAAAAUAAUUUUUUUUUCUUGCGUUCCUAUUUUUAUAAACAUCAAAAGCGAACUGUCGAUUUGAAAUUUAAACCAUUUUUAUUUUUUUUUUUUUUGUCAACACACUGUUAGACUUUGGUGCACAACCAUUCGGUCCUUCUCUGCUUUCUUCUGUAUUGUCUGUUCCGUUAUUUCCAUGACAAAAGCAAGAAAAUGUUUGUAAGCAUGUUGGACUGUUGCUGCUCUGUGAUGUCGCAUAUUCCCCGAGGUCUAAUCCUGGAGUUAAACCUAUUUUCAAUGGUGCUGAUGUACAUAGUCUUGAGAAUGCUACCUACUCUCUGUAUACAUGCAGAGCUUGAACUGGAUUCAUGUGGAAGUAUAACGCACUGUUACUGUUAUUUAUAUAUUUUGUUUAUGUGAGUACAAAAACCAAGAUGCUAGUGUUGCUAUGGAUACAGUUACGCUGACGAUAAUAUAUUUCUGUUUCAAUGUCUAGGGUUUGAAUCCUUACACAAAGUUCAAUUUGGCUUUGGAUGAUAUGUACAUAUACCUCGAUCGUUUUAUGCUAUGAAGUUUUCGCGUAGUCAGUGUAUUCUAUCGAAAAAAAAUGCUAUUGAUGAUGUGACGCAGCUAACAAUUCUUUAAUAAAGUUGUUUUUCUUUUGUUGUUUA